AUGAAAUUCUCAUCUGUCCUUGUUACACUUUUUGCUCUGGCCACAAGUGGGCUCGCACAAAAGACCUGCACUCCUAGUUUUGAUUACUGCUCUGAUGUCUUGAUCAAAGACAAAGGAUUCACCGAGGAUGAUCUUAAGGAUGCCUUGAAAGGCUCAGACCUGGAGAAGGAGGAUUUGAAAAAUGUUCUGUUCCACUGCAAGAACCCUGGUGACGUUGGACACCCAAAGCUCUGCAGCAGUGAAUGCAAAAAUCCCAAGACCGAGGGCAGCCACUCGUGCUCAGGGCGUUAG